AUGAGGCGCACGAUGGCGGCGGCCGGGCCCGAGGAGGCGCUGCCCGCUCUGGCCCAGCAGCUGGGACUCGCCGCCCGAGCGGAGCGGCCCUCGGAGGCCUCGUCGGGCCCCGGCUGCCUGGAGACCGUGCGGCGGCUGACGGGCCUGUUCCGGGAGGCGCGGCCCAGAGAAAUGGCAGAAGAAAGUAUGUUCCAGAGUCUCCUAAAAAUCUUAACUAAAGCCUCGUGUGAAAUGGAAUUGGCCUGCAGGGAUUCCAUGGAACUGAUAACUCUAGACACAUGUCUGCUGCUUAUAGCAGAAUGUUUCAGAUGUCUACGGAAUGCCUGUGUUCGGUGUGCCAAGAAUCAAGAUGUUAUGAGGAAUUUGGGUCUGAUUGAAGUGUCUGUCCACUUGAUCCAGUUGCUUCAUGGAUUAGAAGUUGAACAGGAAUCGUUACUGGCUGCUUUACGUUGUAGCCUGCAGUUUCUUGGAAACCUUGCAGCAGGAAAUGGAGAUUCCCAAAAUAGCAUUUGGAAGUGCGCUUUCCCAAAUCUUUUCUUGAUUUGCCUCAAUCACCACGAUGAGAAAAUUAUUACCUAUUGCUGUAUGGUACUGUUCACGUGCCUUGAUUCAGAGAAAGUGAGAGAACUACUGGAGCAUAAGAACUUGAAUGUAGCUCUUGCUGUUGUAAACGUCUAUAGACAGCAACUGGAGUCUGAAUGGUCGUUCUUGAUUGUUACAGACCGUUUGCUGAAGUGUCCAGAGCUGGUAAAAGCCAUGUAUGCCAAACUGAGCAAUCAAGAAAGGAUUACUUUGUUAGAACUGAUAAUGGCCAAAAUAAGUGAGAAAAAUUCAAUGAGCAGUGAGGAAAUGGCAGUGCUCAUGAACAAUGCUGAAUUUCUUGCAAGCCUUUUCCAGGAGAAAUGUCAUGAUGUGCUCAAAUUAACUUCCGCUGCAAAUACGGAAGAUGAGGAAGCAAUAGUUACAAUUCGGAUUCUUGAUGUUCUUUGUGAAAUGACAUCAAACAAUGAACAACUGGAACAUCUACAAACUUGUCCUGGUUUGCUUGAGACUGCUGUGGAUACUUUGCGGCUAACUCACCUGGCUGGGAAACAGACUGCAAAUAUCUUCACUGCCACACAUUCUAUGACAGAAGAGGGAGAAAUUUCACAUCCAGCUGUGGGUUUUAAAUCACACCUCAUUCGUUUGAUUGGAAAUUUGUGUUACAAGAAUAAGGAAAACCAAGACAAGGUUUAUCGAUUAGAUGGAAUUCCACUGAUCCUGGACAACUGCAGUAUUGAUGACAACAACCCUUUUGUGAAUCAGUGGGCCGUGUAUGCCAUCCGAAAUCUCACUGAGCAAAACGAAAGAAACCAAGAGGUUAUUGCACAGAUGGAGCAGCAGGGACUGGCAGACAAUUCCAUCCUCAAGAACAUGGGUUUGGAGAUUGAGAAACGAGAUGAGAACCUAAUAUUGAAAUCUGUUCGAAAGACUCCGACUUCAUGAGCAGUCCCAUGUAAACUUUUUGAAGAUUGUCACCAAGUAAAAAGAAGGAUAUUUCCCAAAUAAUACAGUAUGAAGGCCCUGUUCGGAUUUCCAUUUCUAUUUUUAAAUUUUUUUUUUGCAGUUUGAGUUCCAAACUACUGGAAGUGUUAUGACCUUUUCCAGAGAAAUUGUCAAACAGUGAUCAUUCACCACUGUGACACAUGAACACCACAAAUGCAAAAACCUUUUCAAACUGGAGAUUGGCAGUAAUUUCAUUAAUUCUUUGUUUUGCUAGUGAAAAAGUGUCAUGAAGCCAGGAAACUGAUUAAUAGUUACUUAUCUCAUUUGUUAUACCUGAAGAUAAUGAUGGUUAAAAAAAUCACUGAGAGAUACCACUUCUGUGAUGUGUUAAAAGCAGCAGCGCUGAAUCAGUUCUAACUAGCUAAUUAGUAAAUGUUGGUACUUCAAAAAAUAAAUCAGAAUGUUUAAAUAUUGUAUUUAUAUAAUACAGUGACAGAGAUUGGAUGUAUAUAAAUACUUCCUGAAUUAAACACAUACAAUGCUG